UUGGAAGUUGCAGCUGAAGCGCUACCGCGCUUGCAUUGUUCUGUUGUGUUUUCCCUCCGAAUUUGCGUUCAUACUUUUGCUUUAUUAGAAGUAGGAAGAUGAUAGAAUAGAGAACUUGGGAAAAACCCAUCAAACUUCUUUCUCGAGAGCCUCUACUUGCGCACUAACGAACGUCACGUGACUGGUCUUCUUGGUCUCUUAUCUUUUAAACCUCAAGCUGAGGUCGACUUAUUAAACAUGGUCAGUGCAGUGGUUAAGAAAACUGUCACGGGGCUUCUUGUGAUAGCUUUCUUCGUAGCAGGCAUCGCGAAAAUCACGGACAAACUUUCCCCUAAAGUCCACCACCAAAUGAAACGGGAUUUUGCUGACCUGGCAAAAGUACAUCCUUUAAAAGUGUGGUUUCAUCGUGAUGUAAGCUCAGACAUGUAUCGUCUUGUCAUUGGCUACUUGGAAGUAAUCUGUGCUCUUGUUCUGUAUUCUGCACCAAGGCCUCUCAAAUUUGCAAGCAUCAUAAUCCUUUUAAUUGUCAUGGCAAUGAUAAUGCAAGGACUUUAUUGGCUGGGAAAACCUGCUGUUGUUUUUGCACCAGGAGCAGUCUCCUCAUUCCUGCUUGUAAUUAAUUUUAUGACACUGCUAGGAGAGGCCCCACCAAAGCAGAAAAAGAGAGAGUGAUUUGCGACUGUUGGACGAGCCCUUAUCAUAGCCUAAUUAUUGUCCGAGAGGAGAUCAAAUGCUCUUAGACACAUCUAUCCACUGCAUCCUGUUACUUGUCUAUCUGUGAACAACCAAUUAGAAUAAACUUUUUGCAUAGGAGAAAAGGAACAUUUCUUGAACAGUCCCUGGUACUCUUAAACCUACUACUUGCAUGAAUGCAACUUUUCAUUUAAAUGAUUGUGAUAGGCUAAAUCUGUGAGGCUCUUGUGAUUUUGUGCUGAUAGAAAGUUAACUGAUUUUUAAGAAGCGAGAAACACGUAGAAUACUUUGAAGAUUUCUCCAUGUCUCCUGCCAGUGCCAUUUUGCUUUGGUUGAUGUUAUUAAUAUGAAAUACACAUUCACAAGUUAUCCGUCUCGUUAGCUGGAGAGCAUUUUAUGUCCUUGUGAAUUAGAACUGAGAUCGAGAGCUGAUAUUGUUUUGUUUUGUUUUGUUAUGUAUCAGUUACGAUGUAAUUUUUUGUUUGUUUUUCGUGUUGCAAUAAAUAACGUAACCUUU